AUGUCUGCCGCAAUGCCUUCCGAUCGUCCUCCCAGAGACCAAGACGCUCUGUCUACAACAUCCGAGGACUCGGAUCUUAGCAACGAAGAGGGAUGGGAAGAUGUUGAGCCUGAGGAGGAAGAGACACAGCCCGUCGUUGGCUUGUUCUCUGAGAAGGUCUAUCCCGAUGUGAACUCCAUGCUGCAAGAAGCGAAAGACAAACAUGGCUUUGAUCUGCGGGGUAUUCGCAAGGCGUUUGACUUGGAUUUCCUUGGCACUAUCAAGCUGGUCAACUACGUUCGGUCUCAAGUCAAAGAUGGAAACAUGACUCCCGAUGUCUCUUCCAAAGAAAAGUUCGACGACGAUGCCUUCUUGAAGCCGGUCCUUGCGGACGACGCUCUUCUGUACAGCCUGGACGACAUUGAAGAGGAAGACUCCACGGCAGCCGGUACUACAGAGGCUGAGCGACAGGUGAUUGAACUGCAGGAGGAGCUCGAGCGCCUACAGAACCAGUUCACCGAGUACAGAAUCGCGGUACAGAAGUCAUUGGAAGAACAACUGUCAAAGGAUGAUGAUAUGCCCUCCAAUGGCCCGUCCGCCAAGGCGAAGACCCAGAUCGAAGAGGCCGACUCGGACUAUUUCGUUUCCUACUCGUACAAUGCUAUCCACGAGUCCAUGCUCAAAGAUACCAUUCGUACGGACUCCUACCGCGAUUUCAUCUAUGACAACAAGCAUCUCUUCAAAGAUAAAGUCGUGCUCGACGUCGGCUGCGGAACCGGCAUUCUUUCCAUGUUCUGCGCCAAAGCCGGUGCCAAGAAGGUCAUCUCUGUGGACAACUCCAAUAUCAUCGAUAGAGCCAAGGAGAUCAUCUACACUAACGGCUUCGGCGAUGUGAUCACAUGCAUCCGUGGUAAGAUCGAGGAAGUAACUCUGCCAGUUCCACAAGUCGACAUCAUCGUCUCGGAGUGGAUGGGCUACUGCCUCCUUUUCGAGGCCAUGUUCGACUCGGUUAUCUACGCCAGAGACCGCUAUCUCGCUCCAGGAGGCUUGAUGGUUCCUUCGCACGCCACCCUGCGUAUUGCUCCCUUCGCUGAUGCCGACCUCAUCUCCUCUCACAUCUCGUUCUGGGACAAUGUAUAUGGCUUCAAGAUGGGCAGCAUGCGCACCAAAAUUCACGACGAGGCACUCGUCCGCAGCGUGCAGCCUGCCGCAAUCCCUGGAACCUCUGACGUCUUCCUCGAAUUGCCUUUGCACUCCAUCACGGUGGACGAGCUCUCCUUCUUGAAAGACUUCCAGGUCACUCUGAAUGAAGAUAUCGAUGUCCUCGAUGGCUUUGCUAUCUGGUUCGAUAUCUUCUUCAUGCCUUCGAGAGACUCUGUUGUGCCCAAGGAUGCCGUCCCUUCGGACAUGCAAAAGAAGGGCUUUGUGGCUUUCACUACGGGUCCCUAUGGACAGGAGACCCAUUGGCAACAAGGUGUUCUCCUCAUUGACCGUGAGAACAAGAAGGCCGUUGCCUUGAAGAAGGGCCAAACCAUUACCGGAAAGGUUGGCUAUCAGAAGAAAGAGGAGGGUUCGCGCUCGCUAGACAUCACCAUCGAGUGGGACGCGCAAACCGGCGAGAAGGGAACCCAGCAGUGGGCUCUUCAAUGA